GGCAGCGAAGGAGGAGGACCGGGGGCAGCAGGAAAGCAAGGCAGGGAGGGCUGCAGUGGCCAGCCUUGAGGGGCUCCCAGGGGGACACUGACCCACUCGCCUCCCUCUCCUUUUGCCCGGACAGAGCGUUUCCUGACUUGAGGCCCUCCAGAUGUGUUGCUCUUUGAUUCCCGCCAACUUCACCAUUGCUGGCUGGGGAUAAUGGGCACUGUAGUCCACCUCUGCAGGGUGGCAGAUCAGAGGACACAGCUGCUAUUGCUUCAAGAGAUGGUACCCAGAGGAAGAAAUGCCAGGAUGCCCUGCCCACUGUGCCUUGGAUGAUGGAGAGGAGCCAUUGCCUGCUGAAAGCUCUUAUCCUGACAUUUCUACCUGGUCUUGGAGCGACUCACACACAGAUCCACGGGGAGAGCCCGGAACACAAUGAACAAAUUGAACUUCCACAAUAACAGAGUCAUGCAGGACCGACGCAGCGUUUGCAUUUUCCUCCCCAAUGAUGAUUCCCUCAACAUCAUCAUCAAUGUUAAAAUAUUGUGCCACGAGUUACUUGUCCAGGUCUGUGACCUGUUGCGACUGAAGGACUGUCACCUCUUUGGACUCAGUGUCAUACAGAACAAUGAGCAUGUGUACAUGGAACUAUCCCAGAAGCUCUACAAAUACUGCCCAAAAGAAUGGAAGAAGGAAGCAAGCAAGGGAAUAGACCAAUUUGGUCCUCCAAUGAUCAUUCACUUUCGAGUGCAGUAUUAUGUGGAAAAUGGCCGCCUGAUCAGCGACCGAACUGCCCGCUACUAUUACUACUGGCACUUAAGGAAACAGGUCCUGCGCUCCCAGUGCAUGCUGCGGGAAGAAGCAUACUUCCUCCUGGCUGCCUUUGCCUUGCAAGCUGACCUUGGCAACUUCAAAAGGACCAAACACUUUGGAAAAUACUUUGAGCCUGAAGCCUACUUCCCCUCUUGGGUGGUUGCAAAGAGAGGGAAGGACUACAUCCUCAAACACAUCCCUAUCAUGCACAAGGACCAAUGCGCUCUGACCGCCUCAGAAGCCCAUCUGAAGUACAUCAAGGAGGCUGUGCGGCUGGAUGAUGUUGCUGUGCAUUACUAUAGAUUAUACAAGGACAAGAAAGAAAUUGAGGCCUCCUUGACACUUGGGCUGACCACACGGGGGAUCCAGAUCUUUCAAAAUGUUAACAGCGAAAGGCACUUGCUUUAUGACUUCCCUUGGACGAAUGUUGGAAAACUUGUGUUUGUGGGCAAGAGGUUCGAGAUCCUGCCAGAUGGACUGCCAUCAGCCCGCAAACUCACAUACUACACAGGCUGCCCCAUGCGUUCUCGCCACCUCCUGCAGCUGCUGAGCAGCAGCCAUCGCCUCUACAUGAAUCUGCAGCCGGUCCUGCGGCAGAUUAGGAAACUGGAAGAGAAUGAAGAGAAGAAGCAGUACCGGGAGUCCUACAUCAGCGAUGCUCUGGACCUUGACAUGGACCAACUUGAGAAGCGUUCCCGAGCCAGCGGGAGUAGCUCAGGAAGCGUCAAACACAAGCGCCUUUCCCGCCACUCCACCGCCAGCCACAGCAGCUCCCACACCUCCGGGAUUGAGGCUGACCCCAAGCCAAGGGAUCGAGGGGCAGAAGACGAUUUCUUGGUGGCAGCUGUCCACCGAAAGCUGAGGGCCUGCAGCUCCAUGACCAGUCAUGGCAGCUCACACACCUCUGGCGUGGAGAGCGGAGAGAAGGAGCGUCUGGAAGAGGACUCUUCACAGGAGGAUGAAAUCGAGAUGCUGGUUGAUGACCCCCGAGACCUUGAGCCAGCGAGUGAAACCUCCCUGGAUGAUGUUAGUCCUGAUGUAUGCAUUUACAUCACUGAGGACAUGUUGAUGGCCAGGAAGUUCAAUGGACACUCAGGCUUAGUCGUCAAAGAGGUCAGUUCGUCCACUUCCAGCUCUUCAGAGACGGUGAUCAGGCUUCAUGGCCAGAGCAUCGAUUCAUUGCCACAGACAGUCUGUAGAAAGCCAAAGACUUCUACUGACCGGCACAGCUUGAGCCUGGACGACAUCCGGCUCUACCAAAAAGACUUUCUGCGCCUGGCCAGCCUCUGCCAGGAGACAGCACAAAGCUACACAUUUGGGUGCGGCCAUGCGCUGGCUGAAGAAGGGCUCUACUGCAAUGGCUGCUUGGCUCAGCAGUGCAUCAACAUCCAAGAGGCUUUCCCUGUCAAAAGGGCCAGCAAAUACUUCUCCUUGGAUCUUGCCCACGAAGAAGUGCCAGAGUUCGUUGUCUGAUGCAGCUGCAUCUCUGGGUACACGAGAGAGAGAGAGAGAACCCAAUAAGGUGCCAUUGCUUCCAAGAACUCUUGUUUUUGUUUUUGUUUUUUGGUGCCAUGUAGGGAAUUUCCCCCCUCUCUUGAAUGUCUUUUCUUGGAUACUUAAAAAUGGCCUUGUAAACUGUUGCACUAUUUACAAAUGCCCGUCCCAAAGGUGAAAUCUGUGGCGUUCGUAUUUGUGCCCCAUGGCAGGAUUUGGUCUGAGUUUAAAUCAGUUGGACUUAGGAGACACGAUGUCUUCGUUUUUGUAAGCAUCCCACCCUGAGGAUAUUUUAUUUGCUCUUCCUUUGACAAAAAGAAAAGGGAUGCACAACCUGAUUUAAUUUCUUCAUUUUAUUUCUGCCUUCUGCACCUCCUGGAAGCAUCUGAAAGUCUUCCAGGCUACACUUAGCAUAGACUUCAUGCAUCAGUUUUGGCAACUCAGUUUCCGUUGUCAUGGUAUAGAUGCCCCAAGUAAGAACAUCCUUUCUGUUUCUUUUAAUUUUAUUUUUAUUUUAUUUCCUCCACUUGCUGCACCAUGUCAAGCCAAAGAAAUACAUACAUCCCAAGUGGACGACAUCAAGACAAAGAUGUCAGCAAUAAAGAACCAUGAGGAGAAGACUUUGCAUGUUGAAAUGACUGUGUGAGGAUGACAAUAAUCUUGUGUAUUUUCCACCUCUUGGAGAAGAAAAAAGAAGCUCGAGAGGAGUUUCUGUUUGAUGAUUUGUAAAAGUUUACCAAAAAAAAGAAGACAACAGAAAUCGGUGUUGCAAAAAUUGAAUUCAGAAAGCUUCUGGAAGCUUUUUUAAUUUUUCUUGUGGGGGGGGGGGGGAGCAAACCCUGAAGGACAAAAAAAAUCUGAGGAUGUAGCAAUAAGAUUUGCUGACCAAAGUACCUUAAGUUAGAGACAGAGGAUAUAAAAAAUACAUAUAUAAGUCUAUAAAGAGUA